AUGGCAAUCAAGAAUUCCUUUUCUCUUUUACUAUCUUCAUUGAUGGUGUUUGCUCUGAUCGCCAUACCCACAAUUUCAGGACAGCCAAGCGGAACAUGGUGUGUAGCCAAUCCCAAGAUACAAGACCAAGUGGUACAAGCAGCUCUAGGUUGGGCUUGUCAACAGAGUCAAGCAUACUGUAGCAGGAUUCAGCUUGGCCAAAAUUGCUACUCGCCUAACACUCUCAGGGACCAUGCCUCUGUUGUCUUCAAUACUUACUACCAGCAUAAUAAGGACCAAGGCGGUUCUUGUGAUUUCAAUAGGGCUGCAGUGAUCACCCACACCGACCCUAGUCAUGACACUUGCCAAUUUGAGUCUGUCCCUGAUUCUAAGUAA